AACCACCAACAACACUCCAUUGAUCGCAUCUCCACCACAACCACUCUCUCGCCAACCCCUCUCUGCUCGCUUAUACGUCCGAUAUAUUAGAAUACACACUUACAACCCAUCGCCCACCAUGGCCGAACGCAAUCUCUCUCAGAUCAUCUCUCAACUCAAGCACUCCCCCUCCAUGAGCUAUACUGAUGCCAACGCCCUCCUCUCUAAGGCCAAGCUCGCUCUACUCAAACUCAACGCCCUGACGCCAUCUCCUUCGACCCCCACCCAGCUUCUGCCUCUCGCCCGUGAGACUUAUGAACAGGGCGCCUUAUUUGCCAUCCGCGCUCGCAACCCCGAAGCCUUCACUCGCUACGUCCAGCAGCUCCAGCCUUUCUACGAGCUGCCAGCUUCCGUUCUCCCACCCAACCUUCUCGAGCGUAACAAGGUUACUGGUCUGAGCUUGCUUCUUCUCCUGACACAGGGUCGAUAUGCCGAGUUUCACACUGAGCUUGAGAGCUUGGAGAACCGUGAAGGAGGUGGCGGUGACGUCGAGAGUGAUCGAUACCUGGGCUAUCCUAUCCGUCUGGAGAGAUGGUUGAUGGAAGGAUCCUACGACCGGGUGUGGAAGGCCAUGAAGAGCAGUGAGGUGCCUUGCGACGAGUACAGCGUAUUUUCUGAGAUCCUUAAGAACCAGAUUCGUUCCGAAAUUGCUUCUAGCAGUGAGCGUGCGUACCCCAGCUUGCCUAUUAGUUCUACAAAGUCCCUUCUCUUCCUGGAUUCCGAGGGCGACGUCAUUUCCUUUGCUCACCACCGUGGCUGGAUUGUUCGCGACGGUCACAUCUAUUUCCCCGAUGCUGCUGAAGGCGAGAAUGGUGACCAGAACAAGGAGAUGAGCCAAAUGGUGAUAGAGAAUGCUCUGGGCUAUGCCCGCGAGCUCGAGACGAUUGUUUAAUGGGGUUUUCCUAUAACAGCACUAUAAAGGGAAUACGGAGACGAACAUAGACAAGUAGAGAGGAACAGAGGAUUGUUGUACUACUAAUUUCAACUUGAUGAGCUCGUCUUCCAGGCGAGCCUCUGAACACAAGCAUC